AUGGCGACGGCGGAUUCCGACGGUAUCACACCGCCUCAUGAGGAGGAUUCUUCCAACGCCAUCGUUCCCGGCCCUACUUCCGUUUGUCUUAUCCGUUUCGCCGCUGAGUCCGCCCAAGGCGCUCUCAUGGGUUCCGUUUUUGGAUUCGGUGCUGGAUUGUUUAAGAAGAAAGGAUUUAAAGGAUCCUUUGUAGAUGCUGGAUCUUAUGCAAAGACAUUUGCAGUUUUGUCUGGAGUUCAUAGUUUGGUUGUUUGCAUCUUGAAAAGAAUUCGAGGAAAGGAUGAUGUCAUUAACGCUGGAGUAGCUGGAUGCUGCACUGGACUUGCUCUAAGUUUUCCGGGCGCACCACAGGCUCUUCUGCAGAGCUGCCUCACUUUUGGAGCAUUUUCUUUUAUCCUGGAAGGGCUAAACAAACAGAAACCAGCACUUGCACUUCCCAUGUCCUGGAAAACAAGGGUGCAACACAAUGCACGACUUCCCUCGGUACUCCCCCUUCAAUUCCCUCUUCCAAAUGAAGUGAAAGAAGCUUUCUCCUCUUUCUCAGAGUCUCUUAAAAAGCGCAGCAAGGGAGCUUAUCCUACAUCUUGGUAA